AUGGCAGAGAGCUCGGGCAGUGCUCAAGAUGCGUCGGCGCCUCUGGUUCUCGACGAGGCUCUCGAGCAGAUGCUGCAAGACGACCAGGAGGAGUGGGAAUACGAGUACUCUACUACAGAAACCGAGACGUACUACCUUACGCUGGAGCUAUCGUACCCCGAAUUCAAAGGCACGUCUGCCAAGAUGAAUAUACACUCGCGCGGCGGAUACUAUAAGAACUGGCAGGAUACGCCUGCUGGUGCGGAUUCGGCCAACCGUCCGUCCGGCACGGUGGGCUCUCGCGGCGCGGGCGCAGGCGCGGGCGGCGAUGCACAGAUGAAGGAAGAGGACAGCAGCAACGAUGAGAUGGAAUCGGCCACGGCUGAGCCAGACGACCAAGAUGGAGGCACUAUGAUUGAUCCGGCGCUGCGCUCCAAGGGUAAGGAGCCAGUACGGGACAUUGACUUGACGCGGGCGUCAACAGCAAGAGAACCAACUACAGAGCCCACUGCGACUGGUGAUCUGCCUACUCGUGAAGAGGAGCCCGAAGUACGAGACGAAAUACAAAUACUCGAGCUGCACUCGGACCACCCGCUCAUCUCCUACCGUGGACGGCUGUUUGAGGGCGAGUGGGCGGAGAUUAUUGGCACCGAGGCGCUGCUCACGCAGCACGACUCCACUCAACCGCUACCGGCGCUGCGGCGCGUCCCUGGCGACAUUGAUUUGCUGGGCGCCGUGUCGUCGCGCAUCGUCACCAAGGAGAAGAUUGCGACGGCGCGGCGGCAGCAGGAGGGCGGAGCAGGCACCGACACGUUGGCAGCAACGCGCGCCGCGUGCAACAUUCAAGUACCGGCAAGAGGCGGGGGCAAGGACCGAACGGGGGCACGACGGCAGCAGGCGCGGUUCCUGGAGAAUUUGAUGGCGCUCAAGAGGAUCAAAGGCCAGACGGACGAGGUGACGGUGUACGCGCUCGACGGCGAGGGCAAGGACUUUGACGAUAAAAAGGAUCCGGAUUACAAGCCGAGAAGGAAGAAGACGGUACCACCGACGGCGGAGAUGGAGGCGGAGGAAGUGGAGGCGAGAGGACGGGACAGUGGCGGUGCGAGACGAGGUGGGCGGCGGUCGGCGGCGGCGGCGGGGGUAGGAAGAGGGAAGCAGAGGGCGGUGAUGCCGCAGACCAAGUCGACGCCGACGCCGGUGCGAUGGGAGGAUUUGGAAGAGGAGGGAGUAGAUGAGGGAGGCACACUGGAUGAAGAUGAGGAUGAAGAGAUGUCUAUGGUUUAA